AGUAGUUGAAUCUGUUGGUAUUUUUUAUGCAGAUAAACAAAUGGCUUCAUCUUCUACUAAUAAUACGAACUUUACAUUCAAGCCAAGGUUUUGUAAUUGUGGAAGAAUAGCUGUAUAGUAGCAACAGGUACAAUACCAUUAUACAAGCCUCCUCUUCCUCCAAAACCCUGCUCUGCGACUCUGAACGAAGUGGAUUCUAAAGCAGAUCUCUUGCUCCGUAUGAACAUUGCAGACCAGAGAGAGAAGUACACAACUUGUUCUUCGUAGCAAUUCAAUCUCUUCAAAACCCUUACAAUUGAAGAGAGAGAGAGAGAGAGUGAGAGAGAGAAUGGCGUUCAGGUCGAAGGAGAUGAUGAAAAAGAUAAUGAAGAAGAUAGGCGGAGAGAAGAACUUGGGUCCUGGGGUGAAGGAAUCACUCAAGAAAUGUGUACCUGACUCCAAGGUCGUCAUGGGCAGGGCCCAUCGCGGCAUCUUCGCCGGCCGCCACAUCCAGUUCGGUAACCGUGUCAGCGAAGACGGUGGCAACAAGACAAGGAGGAACUGGAAACCAAACGUACAAGAGAAGCGACUCUUCAGUUACAUCCUAGACCGACACAUUCGUGUAAAGGUAACAACCCAUGCCCUCCGUUGCAUAGACAAGGCAGGUGGGAUCGAUGAGUACUUGCUGAAAACGCCAUAUCACAAGAUGGACACAGAGAUGGGCCUCUUCUGGAAAGCCAAAAUUGAGAAAAUGUACGAAGAGCUUGGGGAAAUGGAGGUAGUUUUCUUUUCACCCGAGGAUGAAGCUAAGUUUGAAGAGGGCUUUAAAGAAUUGAAACUAGCUGAGAGGGCGGCUCGUAGGGAUGCAAGAAGACAGAUGUAUGGAUGGUCGGGCAAACAGAAGCAGAUCGAGCAAGGUGUUGAAGAUACUGAUGGGGAGGGAUUGCAUAGUGAUGUUCCUGAGCAGCUGAUUGCUAAUUCUUAAGUGUGAGCUGUGUUGAAGGCCCGGUCAUAGUUGUGUUGAAGCCUGUCAUGUCGGGUUUAUUUUUGGUUUUUGUGUUUUUUUGUUUUUUUUAGUACUGUUACUGCCUGAUUUUGCAGUUUUGUAGCUCUUAUACGUUUUUGUAAUUUUGGAGCUGAUAUCCUAGUAUUAUGAGUCAUGGUAACUUGAUUGCUUUUAUUUUCAUCAUGGAUAUUGGUUGAAUAAGAACUACUCUGAUCAAAAACAA